AUACAUUUAGAACAAGUUCUUUCCAGCAUUUAAAAAAAUUUUUUGUCCAGUUUUUGAAUUUCCCGCGCAAACUACUACCCAUUUCGCAUACUGUGACACUGCAAUCGUCACCGCGGAACGUACACGAUAAACUCGUUUAUCGAUAUAUGAGCGGAGAGCAACCCCCCGCAGCUGUACGCGGUGUAAUCUAAAUUUGGCUACUUUCGUGUGCUGCCACCACUAGGAUGCUCUGCGAAGUGGCAUUUCAAAAGCCAGGAAAAGCGCCGGCCUACUAACCGUAGGCGAAAAUCGAUGAUUCGCGAGUAAUAAAACAUCAGUUUGUGUUUCGCUUGGGUUCACCUCUUUUCCAUCCGCUCUGCUGCUUUUCCGCCCUUGGAGCCUUGCAGCGUUCAUUCCUUCCCUCGAGUUCAUUCUGUUCGUUAGUGGAAGAUCCGAAGAUAUGGAGUCUGCAAUUAUGCAUCUAGAAGAAAGCGUACAAAAGGCUGAUGGAAAGCUUGAUAUGAUCGCUUGGCAAAUCGAUGCCUUUGAAAAGGAAUUUCAUGAUACUGAGUCAGAGCCAGUGUCAGUACUACGUUUACUACGAUCAGUGACUCAAGUAAAGGAGGAGUACCAGGUUUUACGUCAAGAUAUUCAGGAAGUUCAGCAACUGCAGAAGCAACUCACGGAUUCUCUUCGAGCUCAGCUUUUACAGGUCCAUGGACACUUUAAUGUCUUGCGCAAUAGAAUUGUUGGUCGCAACAGAACACCACAGCUUAAGUAAAAAUAGUUAUUUAAUGUAUUUAGAAGUUGCUUUUUUUCAUUUAAUCAUCAGAAUUUUCAUUUCAUCAUGAUUUUCUUGUCAUUAUAUGAAUCACCUACUUCAAUAUGGAAAAUUUCAACUUUUGGCCCUUAGAAUAUAAAAACUAAAAUCAAAUUUAUUAAAAUAGCUAAUUUGGACUCUAGUAAAAUAUUAACUUUUUUAUAUUUUAAGUUAAGGAAAGUCUGUGACAAAUUUAUGCAGAGUUUAGAGAUUAGUCUGGUAUACAGGGCCAAUUUAUGAAUGGACAAAUUGAAUUGGAAAGAAAAUACUAAGUGGCAUCAUUCAAUUAACAGUUUUUCACAGCCUUUCGAAUGACAUAUUUUGUUGCGCUUGGCAAAAAGCAAUGUGUUUACAUACAUGCUUGUGCAAAUCUUGCUUUAUCUAAAUGCUCCCUAUAAGACGGAGUCUCAAUUAACUUCUAAGCAAAAUAAUUUGCAUGCAUUUAUUAGAUAAAUUAAUACUCAAUUGGGUGAUAUCACUCAAAUAAAAUGUUCGCUGAAAAUGUUAAUAACACUGGAUCGAAUAUCUAAUGAUAUCAGAGUUAUAAAAUAACAUCGAAUAUAAUUACUGAUAUAAAAGCACAUCUCUCGGUAUUUCAUAAAUUAUCUAACACUGGUCAUACAGUCAAUUUUAGGAAUACCAGCUCUAUUCUAUCUAAUCUAAAAAGAAACCAUACAAUAAAAAUAAGACCAUCAUUACAAUCAAUUUUUUUUUAUGAUAUUUACCUUAAGUAAAUCAAAUAAUUAUUUUAAUAUUAUUAUAGAUUUACAUAAUAGUAAAAUUAUUUUACUAUUUCAAUAAAUUAAAAAAAAAUUGUUUAGUUUCAGAUGAUUUUUAAAUAACUAAAAAAUGGUUAUUACAAAUAAAUAAGUAUAACUGAAAACAACAUUAUUGCCUUAAGACUUAGGACACAUUAAAUGCAUUCAUCGUGUUGAGUAUAGGUACUUCUAGACGUACGAAAUAACCAAUACUCAAAUGUUAGCGAUAUAUUCUAAUAGAUUAUUAAUGUGUUUGUCAAGAAAUAAAUAAUAAUCUAAAGGUUAGAUUAUGAAAUUUUUUAAGUCUCGUUUUAAUUUACAAGAAAAGUUAUCGCCAUAUGAAGUUCAUAUAGCUUUUUUGCUUAGAAAAACGUUAUUUAAAAAUACCUUUUUUUGUUAAUUGGAUCAAAUUGAAUAUCUUUUUCCCAGAUUUUUUAUUUAUUUAUACAUUUUUGUAUUUUCAUUAUUGAUUGAGUAUAAGUAUAUGCUUAACAGAAGAUAAGCUAAAAAAAUAUUCUUCCAGAAAAAUCGUUUUCUUCUUAAAAUUCGGGUAAAAUCACCAGUGGUCUGAACUACUGCACAAAACUUUAUCGUUUGUUGGUACAAAAAGGUAUUUUACAUACUUUUAGCUAGUUAUAUUUUCAUGACUUUAUCAGAUAACUUUUAUUGGCGCUAUGAGUAAAUUUUACUCGCGACUUCUCUUCGUGUAUUCGGAGUCAUACAAUUUUAUAAAACAAUGCGUAACAAAUUUUAUUAUACAAUCAGUUUUUUACUUUUUUAUUUAUAUUGAAAAAAUUGUAGGCUUAUUGAAUAAAAUAUUGCUAUACUUCAAUACAAAAAGGUCAAUUUCAAUGAUGUGUAUAAUCUACAAAUUAUUUUUUAAUCUUUUACAAAAUUUUGGGAUCGAAGAUUCUCCUCCACUUUGUUAUUGUAAAUUUCUAACAUUGACUAAUUUUUUUUACCGAUCGUUAACUCAUCAACUUUUCGAACUUUUCUUAUACAGUAUAGUUUUAUGUAAUUUUUAUAUGAAAAUUCUACUAUAUAGUAAACAACAAUAGAGCAAUUCAAUCAAAUUUCAUACCUGCAUUUAGAAAAAUUUUACCCUCUAUGCAUGUAUAUGUAAGUCAAGAGAAAAAUGGUCUGGAACACAUUUUUGCGUGCCAAAAGUUUAUGAAAUUUUAUUUUAAAUUUUGAGUAUAUACAUCGUAAUAAAUUAUAUGUGUUAAAUUAAUAAAUAAACGUUUAAUAUUGUAGACCACAUAUCACAUGUAUAAGAUUUAUACAUAGUGUUUUACAAAUUCACGUUUACACUAGCUUCUAACACUAAAUUUUUUGCACGCUUUCAACAUUCUUUGAAUAAUAAAAUGUCGAUAUUGUCGAUGGUGCACAAUACAAAACAAUUUUCGAAAACUUAUAUUAUGCUACAAUAAUCUCAGUCACCAUAAUAAAUUAACAAUUACAAAAGUUGUAUCACCAUGGUCUAUCUGUAAAUUCGAACAUUAGAUUAAGUGUUUUAUAAUUUUAGGGAUUAAUAAAUUGUUGAAUAGAUGUAAUCGGUGCCUCUUACUAAUUGACAAGUUAUUUUUUCAAUAUCUCAUAUCAAACGUUCAAUUUGAAUACCAUACGAAAUGAAUAUAUAUAUAUAUAUAUAUAUAUAUAUAUAUAUAUAUAUAUAUAUAUAUAUAUAUAUUUCAUUGAUUUGAAUUUAUAAUAUAUUGAACAGACAGAAAAACUGUGAUUUUGUCAUGUUAUGCACACAUUAUUUGUACUAAAGCUUUACGUAACAAGCGUGAACAUAAUUAGUUUAGAAAUGCGAUAAACAACAAAGAUAUGGAACAAAAAAAUUAACUUACCCUAGUUAUAUCUAAAAUUAAAUUAUUUUUUAAUAAUAUUGCUAUGCAAAGUACAUGAUAAUUUACAAUUCGAUUGCAAUGACGAUUAUUUAUGUGUGUGUGUAUACUUGAGGAUUAAUAUUAAAUAACAAUUUUACAACUAUUUUACAAUACACAUUGCAUGGGUAUAAAAACCACAAUUAAAUUUUUUGCAAUAAAAUUGGUUAAUACAUAAAUAAGAAACCUUUUUUUGUUCAUAAAAACUUUGUUGUGUGCUGUAUUUCGUUGAAUGACUUGUUACAGCAGUAUAAUUUUUUAAAUAUAUAUUUACUUUUGGCAUUUAAUUUACAUUCUAAAUAUUUCUGUUCGCAACAAUCUGUAUCUUUCUAAAUAUUUAUCACAUUAUAUGCUAUAAAAUAAACUGUUAUAUCUGCAGCUGUAAA